GGAAACUCCCGAAACUUCCCGGGGAGGUGGGACGUCCGGAGCACUCUGCCUUGUCUAGGACCGGUCACGUGAUCCCGUUCGCCCGUCCCAUGUAACCGCAGAUGGGCAGCAUCAACGCGUUUGUUUCUGAGGCCCCGCCCUCCGAAUGAUGUAACAACCACUUCGCGCAUGCUCACUGUCUCCGGAUGGGCGGUGUUUUCCUUUCCGCUUAGUGUUGAAGCGGGUCAUUUGUGGGGUCGGUAAAGGGUUUUCGCUUCCUGGGUCGGUGAGCCGGGGGUCGGGAUCGCUGUCUGCGGGCCGAAGAUAUCACUUUCCCAUCGGUUAAAAACGAGAAGGAAUUUGUCUUAUGGGAAUUCAAACACAGAACACCAGUUUUGCUGUCUCUGUCCAGAUAUUUAAGAAGUGGAGCAAGAGAUUCACUCGAUCAUCCUUCCUGCUGGGACUGUGGGCAGGGAUUCACUCGCUCAUCUCACCCACUGGCAUGCCCGUCAUUUUACACGGGAGAGGCCAUUCACCUGCUCAACUAUAGGGAUAGAUUCACUUGGUCAUCUCAGUUGAAGUUACAUCAGCAAGUUCACAUUGGGCAAGACCAGUCAUCUGUUCUGUGUGCGAGAAGGGAUUCAGUUGGUCAUCCCACUUGUGGACACACCAGUUAGUUCACACUGUGCAGAGGCUAGUCAUCUGAUGUAUUUGUGUGGAAGGAUUCACUCAGUUGUCUGACUUAAUGGCUCAUCAGCAAGUUCACACCGGGGAGCGGCCGUUCACCUGUUUGGACUGUGGGAAGGGAUUCACUUUUUCAUCUAAACUGAAGGUACACCGGCGAGUUCACACUGGAGAGAGGCCAUUCAUCUGCUCAGACUGUGGGAAGGGAUUCACUCAGGCAUCUCACCUACUGAUACAUCAGUCAGUUCACACUGCUGAGAGGGAUUUCACCUGCUCAGACUGUGGGAAGAGUUUCAUUAAAUCAUCUCAACUGAAAGUACAUCAGCGAGUUCACACUGGAGAGAGGCCGUUCACCUGCUCAGACUGUGGGAAGGGAUUCACUCAAUCAUCCGGCCUACUAUUACACCAGCGAUUUCACACUGGGGAGAAGCCGUUCACCUGCUCAGUGUGUGGGAAGGGAUUCCAUCGACCAGCCGACCUUCAUAGACACCACCAAUUUCACACUGGGGAGAAGCCAUUCACCUGCCCAGACUGUGGGAAAGGAUUUACUUUAUUAUCUCACCUACGGAGGCACCAGUCAGUUCACACCGGGGAGAGGCCAUUCACUUGCUCAGUUUGUGGGAAGACAUUCACCCAGUCAUCCCACCUACUGAGACACCAGUCAGUUCACACUGGGGAGAGGCCGUUCACGUGCUCAGUGUGUGGGAAGGGUUUCACUCGGUCAUCUCAUCUACUGAGACACCAGCGAGUUCACACUGGGUAGAGGCCGAUCACCUGCUCAGUCUGUGGGAAGAGUUUCUCUCAACCAAAUCAACCAAAUGUGCAUCCUGGAGAGAGGCUACUCACCUGCUGUGAAUGUGGGAAGUGAUUCCCUCAGUAAUCUAACCUUGUGACACACUACUGGGUUCACAAGGGGGAGAAAGUUUCAAUAAGCUGCAUGCUGGAUAUAUGUCCAUCACCGUUGCUGAAUGCAAUUUCAAGAGUGACUGUCGGUGCUGAACUCUGCAAAUAUUGCUGCUGGUCACCACACCCAGUUCUGCACCCUGGUCACUGGGCAUGGGAGGAGUUUCUUCUGCUGCACAUUCACCUUUAAUUGGACUGGAGUUUAAUAUUCUGGAACUGAGACAAAUAAAUCAGUUCAAUUUUGAACUUCGUCUCCAGUACUUAGUGAAUUUAUAACACAGCCUGUGUACAGAAGAGCCAACUCAGGCUGGCUGAACUCUGCCAGUGAUUCUGUUCCACGAUGGUCCUUUUAAAUUCUCCCCUGUUGGUCCCCUCUUGCUCUCCCUGUGGUGAUGGGUUCCAAUCACUCUGUGGGUGAAGAGGUUUCCCUUGAAUUUUCUGCAGACUGAAGAAGUCGAGCUGACUGAAGUUCUGCCUGAGAUUUUCUUCACCCCUCAAAUCUGUGGGCUGAGGGAGAAUGACAUUGGUAGUUAACUUCCUUAAUCAUGACUCAUUUCCACAUUAUGGGUCAUUUUCCCUGCUUCUAAAGGGUUGUUGAAAACACCCCGUCUUCUAAAGACUGAAAGCAGAAUGGGAAAUCAUUAGUUGGAUGUUCAAUGAAGCAGGGUCAGAAACCAGAGGUGGGUCUGCCAAGGGCAGAGUUUGGGACUCUGGACAAUGGUUGGGGUAAGAAUGUAUGAUGAGAAGAAGGGAAUCAGCAGCGGGGCGUGGCAACAAAUGACAGAGUAGCAACAUUUGGAAGCUGAUUGAGAAAAUAAUUUGGUUGUCUGACUGGUAAUACAAUACCUGUCAUGAGGUACUGCACUGGUCGAGGAACAUGUGUGUGUUGGGGAUGGUUUUAUCUAUUGAGAGAGUUGUUCCUGCUUGUUUAUCCUGUAAUAUUAUAUCUGGAUUGUUAUUAUGGAUUGUCCUAUCUGAAAUAAUGUGUUGAUUAUCAUAUAUUUUGUAAGAUUUUGACUCCAAAACUGGAUCAGGCUUGAACUUAGAGUGCUUUAUGAAGAUGCAGUAGUCAUUCAUCAGUUUGUAUUUUAAACCAAGAAUCUGGUGAAUGAUGUUUGCCAAUUCAUUGUACCUGUGUAAGUAAGCAGAUUGAGUUAAACUGUUGCAUGAUCCUGGAAUGUGUUGGAGUGUGUCUGGUUUCUCUUGGCAUUUUCUGCACUUACUGCCUUGUUUGUUUGUAUUUCAUGUAUUUUCAAUUUUUUUUCCCAUUUGUUAACCACCUUGUCCUGUAUUAUUGCAAGGAACCCCUCUGUUUCUGGGAAGAGGUCUCCAACUCUCAGUCAGAUGCUCGAUGCUCCCUUGUCACCAUCUCGUGUGCUCAGAUCGUUGGGAAGUCUCCCAUGGAGGGUCAUAGUCAUUCCACUGGUUAAUGUUUUCUUCCAUAGUGAUGAUUCCUUUUUCUGAGUUGGCCUCUCAUUAAGUUUUCUGGUCUGUAUUUCUUAUCAUGAUUGCAUAUACACACACGGAGUGCUGAAUCCUGUUAAUUUUUGAUGAAAAUAUAUACUUAGAAGUUU